GACAAAUUUGGCGGUCAAGAUAUACAGAAGAAAAUUCCAGCCUAUUAUGGGGAAGCAUUAUCUUAUUGGGUAUCCAUAACAAACAUAGCCUCAGUGCUAGCUUCCUCCUACUUAAGCACUGCAAUUACUACUACUAAACAAACAGAGAAACCAGAGAAUAUCCAGACUCCAGAGGGAAAAAAGAAAAAGAAAAAAGGAUACAAAAGAAAUAAAACAUGGGUUUGAUUCCAUUCAAGUACUUGUUAUUUCUAGUAUUAGUAGUAGUGCCACUGGCACAAAGCCAAGUUGAUGAAUGGCACGACAAUUACGGGGCAAUUGGGAAGGAGAAGGUAACUAGGUUACAUUUCUACCACCACGAGACGUCGAGCAGCAAAGAUCCAACCGUGGUAACAAUGGCCGAAGCACCAACAACUAAAAAUUCUCCUUCCUUCUUCGGUUUGCUAGGAAUGACUGAUAACAUACUGACCGAAGGACCUGAACGGAACUCAACAUACUUGGGUCGAGCUCAAGGUCUGUUAGCUGCAUCCUCACGAGAAGAAUUCACUCUUGUGAUGGCUACAAGUUUUGUGUUCAAAGGCGGGAAUUUCAGUGGGAGUAGUUUGAGUGUUUUGGGACGGAAUCCGUUUAUUGAUUCGGUACGUGAAUUGCCGGUUGUUGGUGGAACUGGUGCUUUCAGAUUCGCCCGUGGGUUUGCCGUGGUGAAUACGCAUUGGGUUAAUGCAACUACACAUGAUUUGAUCGAAGAAUACCACGUAACAAUCAUGCACCACUGAUGGAUUCCAUCUUAGAUUUGUAAUCAAUCUUCUUCGGUUAAAAGUGAAAAAUUACUGCUGGACAAUAAUGGAUUGUACUUGCCAACAAAUUUAUCUCUUCCUGUAAAAAAUCUGCAAAUCAAGUUUCGCGCACAAUGUUAAUUAAUCUGACAUUUCCAUUUCCAUUC